AUGCCGCCGGCCAGCCUGAUCACGCUGCCAGACGAAAUUCUCCUGAUGAUCUGCGAACUGCUGUGUUACCACUGUUCUUGCGCUCCGCAAAGCCCAGAUGACAAAUCUUUCAACACGUAUCUAUGGUCUCUCGUGCAGACAUGUCGGCGGUUGCGUGACAUCGCAGAACCAAUAUUAUAUCAUCGUAUUUGGCCCGGUGAUAAUCUCUUCUUUCUGCGUACUAUCAUUGCGCGGCCAGACUUAGCUGCCCAAGUACGCUCCUUUUUUUACGACGAGGCUGAGCCGCGUGACGCUUUGGACGAGGAUCUCAAUAUGUUGAAAGCGGAAGCACGACGCCUUGACAUCAACGAAAGUGAUAAAUGGGUUCGGAAGUGGGAUCGAGAGAUUAAGAGGCAUGGAGGCGAGUGUGACCAGCGGCUCUUGAAAUUGAUACUCACUCAUCUUCCAAACACAAAGAGAUUGUCUAUCGUGGUGCCGCUCUGGGAAGAAACCACCUGCCUAACAGAUUCUCGCAACAAACACAUUACCAUGGAGUCCAUUCGCGAUCUGACGUUGAUUCCUGGGGAUAUUUUUGACCUUGGUCUUCUAGGCGGCCUUCUAACCAUGAUGCCAUGCGUUGAGAGCUUGACGGCAUAUGAGUGUGGGGGCAUUUCGAAAAGUAUUCCUCUUGCUAGGCUCCGCACUCUUAUUUUCAAAAACAGUAUGAUCACUUCGACAUGCCUGAAAACGAUUAUCGACUCCUGUCCAGAGCUGGAACAUUUUGAGUACUAUUUAAGGCCUUAUGAUGAAAAUUAUAUCUUAGACUUCGAGCAGCAAACAGUUACGUCUGGACAGGCGCAGCGCAUACUACACUCGCGGAGGAAAACACUGAAGAAUUUGAAUCUCGUAUUUGGCCAAAAUUCCCCCUCAUACUUGGACCAACUUGUGAACCUGGAAGAUUUCCACUUGGGCAAUUUCCACGACUUUGACGGAUUAGAGACGCUGUGGGUGCGUACGACUGACUUUGGGACGGAUGACGAGGACGAAGAUGUCCCUAUAUUCCCAGAAGAUGUGGAAGAUCUAGUUAGUAAGCUACCUCAAUCACUCAUCUGUCUCGGCUUCUGCGGUUCGCACAAAGAUUGGGAUGGGAUAGAGAUCCUGCAAGAGGCAAUUUUAGAGGGGUAUUUCUCGAAGCUCGAGUUUGUGUUGUUGGAACAUGAAAAGGGAUAG